CCCCCCGCCUGUGCGCUCGCCUGCUCAGCCGCCCGUCCGCCCGCCAUGGAUUUCCUCCUGGCCGCGUCGUCGUCGUCGGCCCCCCCCGGGGAGUCGGCCCAGGUGGUCAAGAUCCUCUUCUGGGUGGCCUUCCCCUUUGUGUGCUUCGCCAUUGGCCUGACAUUCUUCAGCAUCUGGGAGCACAUCAAGAACUACCACGUCCGGCGCCUUCAGCGGCAUGUCAUCCGCAUCCUCUUCAUGGUGCCGGUCUUCGCGGUCACCGGCUGGGUGGGCGUCAUCGAUCCGAUGGUGUCGCGCUACUUCGAGCUGGUCACCUCCUUCUAUGAGGGCUUUGUGGUACUGUGCUUCUUCUACCUGCUGGUGGGCUACCUCGGUGGGGAGGGCAUGGUCACGCGGCGCCUGGAGCGCCGGCGUCAGGCCUCCCCAUCCGACGACCCGGACGCCCUGGACCUCGAUCUGCCGGAGGGGUUCCCCUCGGCCGGCGACACGUCCAACGAGGCGGGCGACGCCUCAUCCUCCAGCUACCGCCAGCAUCCGUCGCAGGUGAAGCCCGAGCCGCUGUGUCUGCCGCGCGUGGCUGUCUUCGCGCGCAUGUUCCCGUCGGUUAGCUACGACGUGCGCGUCUUCUUCCGCUUCCUCAAGCAUCUGAUCCUGCAGUAUGUGGUCAUCAUGCCGUUGAUUGCCGUCAUCCAGAUCUCCUUCGACAUCUACUGGCUGUCCAAGUACCCAGGCACCUUCGAUGCGCACACCGUCUACACCGUGCUGAAUAUCAUUCGCAUGGUCUCGGUGACCCUGUCGCUGCUUGGUCUGCUGCGCUUCUACAAUGUCUUCGGGCCGGACCUGCUGCCCUUCCGCCCGCUGCCGAAGUUCCUCUGCAUCAAGGCCGUCAUUUUCUUGUCCUUCUACCAGCGCCUGCUGUUCCAGUUCAUCGAGUGGGUCCUGCCGGCCGACAGCGGCAUGGCGGUCAGCGGGCACACCAUCAACUCCUUCAUGAUCGCCAUCGAGAUGGCCGGCGCGGCGAUCCUCCACAUGAUGUACUUUUCCUACAGCGAUUAUUUGCACCUGUCCUCGCGCUCGGAGGACCGGGCUGAUGACCGCCUGGAUGCGGCCACCACCACCACCGGCGGCGGCGGCGGCGACGAGAUGUUCGUCCGCUCCACCGGUGGCCCGGAGCUUCGCAGCCGCGCCGCGCCGGUGGACAGCAUCCAAACAACCCUCCUCCGGGGGUACGCCCGGGCCCUGCUCCAUGCCUUCUCCUGCGAUGAUGUCCUUUCGGACAUCGGGGACAUGCUGUGCAAUCGUCAACCCAGUGCCGGAGCUGGCUCCGGCCGUGGGGCCGGCCGCGGCGGGAUGGAUGCCUCCGGGGUGUCCUUCAACCCGGCGGACGAUGGGAACCGCUUUGGCAUCGAGUUCACCAGCUUCGGCGAGACGCACCAGCCCACCGGGGACCUGGAGAUGGUUGACGACCCGCUGGGCCCGGUGCCCGGCGCUCAUGUCGCCUCCGCCCCCCUGGACCAAGGGCCAGCCAAGCAAGGGGCCGCCCUGCCGUAUGGUGCCGGGUCAUUGGAUGGGGACCACCUCGAGGAGGAUGAUCUCUUUGCCAUGACCCCGGACAUGACCGCCUCCGAUGUGCUUGGCAUCGGCGACGUGGAGGUGGCCCCGGUCCGGCACCCGGUGUUCACCUUUACCGCGGGUGGCGGGAGCCCGAACUCCGGCGGCCCGGCUGUCUGAUGCGGCGCCAUGUCGCGCGUGUGCCGUGCGUGUGCCGUGCGUGCGUGCGUGCGUGCGU